AUGAGCGCCAUCUGGCUGCUGAUUUGUCUCCUUUUCAUUCGCCGUGUUGUAGCCCAAGAAGAAGGGUACGGUGGGGAUGACUACGAAGUCGAUGACCCUAACGGCACCACCGGUAGCGAAGCUCGACGAGCACGUCUCCGUCGAUGGUAUCCUUGGUGGAGGAAAGAUCUGAAGGCCGACGUGCUGAGCGAAAACUUCUUCGAGAAGUUCAUCACCCACUUUCGAAACCCGGCCAUCCACCCGUGCGACAACUUUUAUCGGCAUGUAUGCCCGAUUUCGAUGGAACUGAAGGACACCUACUACGCCCAGGUACAAGCCCACGGCGUCGAGAAGUUGCGGCAGUGGGGAAUCAUCGGCACGUUCAAUCGGUCAGUCGAGGCUGCGUCGCGUUCAAAAGUCGAUCCCGAGCAGCAAGAUCGCCGGAAGAUGCAAAAGGAGUUACGCGCGAAGAACGAGCAACCUCACGAAGACGUGGUUAGACUGCGCCGAGAGCGAGAAGAAAUGGGAGAUCUGGUUGAGAAACUUUCGAUGAUCCCCGAUCGUGUCGAAUUCCUGACAGAUGCUCUGGAACGCGUCCACGGCAUGAACCGCCGGCUGCCGAGGAUGCACAACAACCUGCAGGACCAAAUGAUGAAGCUGGUCGAGACAUUCUCGCGCGAGCCCAACUACGAGGAGCUGUACAGGCAACAUGUGAACGCCAUCAACGAGCUGACCAUCUUCUUCGCGGUGGUCGACGAGACGUUGGAGCAGAUCGAUGGGCUGAAGGCGCUGAUUGAUGUGACGAAGAAAACUUUUGAGCAUCUGAAGUUCACCCCUGACCAGUGGCCGGACCGCUACUUCGAAAUAUCCUACGCUUGGACCACCUCUUUGAAGCCGAUGAUCGAAAAAUGGGCAUCGAUUCAGCAACUUCUAGCUGUCGGGUUGAGAAGGAUCGGAAGCUCGAAUUCCGGCCGUUACGUCUCGAUGUCGAUCUGGGAGCUGAUGCCGGUUUUGGUGAAUCCGGGGGCUGAUCCGGCCAUUGCGUUGUGGCCGGAAAAGGACUGCUUCAGCGGCCUGCACACCUUCCUCGAGGAUCGCUCUGACUUCACUGGGCUGAGAAUCGCUUGGGAGGCCUUUAUGGUGGAGGUCCGCGAUGAAUGGGGAAAUGACGGGGAUCCGCUUAAGAGGCUCGUAUACCCCGACUUGGGCGUGACCCGAGAGCAGCUCUUCUUCUACGCCCAGUCCAUCCCCUACUGCUCCACAUACGACCGUUCGCAGCACAUCGUCGGCAGCAAGGGCCGUGACGUUCAUUCGGCGCACCGCAUCCGCGUCAACAUGAUUCACAGCAACAUGGAGGAGUUCGCAAUAGCGUUCAACUGCACGCCCGGCGAUCGCAUGGUGCAACGGCCGACCUGCCCGUACUUC